AUGCGUUCUCUUGCAUGGCUCAUCACCGUUCCAAUGGUGGCCGAAGCUGGUGAAGUCCUGUGGAGCGGGUUCUUCAACGGCUCGGCGACCGUUGCUGACUUCGACAAAGGGUCGUUCUCUAACCCAGUUGGCGAUUGGCAGUGGUAUAUCCAUGGCGAUGCGGCCACGGACAAGUACCUGAGCCUCUCACCUGAUCACAAGAACCCAGCCGAUACCAGGGAUGAACAGGGGGUCCGGAUCACAAUUGACGGCACGUCGUUCUGGCAUGGACAAGACAUGGAACGAUCCGAGAUCAUCCCCCAGACGAAGGCGGAUCUUGGAAGCGGACAUCUGUUCUACCACUUCUCACUGAAGACCGAAGAGAUAAAUGCACCGAAUGCAAGCUUCGAGCACCAGAUCGCGUUCUUUGAGAGCCAUUUCACAGAGUUCAAAUAUGGCGCUGAUAGCGGAUCGUCUGGCGAAGACAACACCCUCCGCUGGUGCGUCGGUGGAGUGCCGCACUGGGAAACCGAGUUGAAACCAGGGAAUUGGUACAACUUCGCUUACGACAUCGAUUUCGACGCGAAAACCGUUGGAUUAUGGGCGUCGAAUAACUGCGGUAAACUGACGCAGGUUGUGUCGGCUGUCAAUGCGUCGACUUCGACGGACUCGGCGGAUUGGCAUAUCGGCGAGUUGCGCCUCCCUAACGGGGGUUUGAACGCGGCUCCGGAGGAUUGGUACUGGUCCGGCAUCUUCGUGGAGAAGGCUCCGAUCACGGCUUCUAUUGCGGGUGUUGCCUGA